GACCACGACCUACGAGGUGUGGGCCACCGCCGACACGGACGCGCACAGCGACCCGCGGCCGAACCUCGACGUGUGGUGCGGCGUCGCCAUCGCCGGCGUAAGGCUCGCUUCGGAGCCCGCGGCCGACGGGGCCGACCGCCAGCAGCUGACGGUCGCCAUCGACGCAAAGGGCUGCGCCAGCGGCGAGGGCUGCCUCGAGCUGCACGCGGGGUACACCGUCUCCGUCGUGGCGGUGCACGUGGCGGUGCAGGCGGGCAGCGCGUCGCGGGGGGCGGUGCGGCGCGCCGUCUUCCUGCCAGCGCCGCGGUGGCGCGCCGGCGAGGCGGCCGGCGGCAUGUCCGCCGUCGGCGUCUUCUUCCUGCUGCUCGCCCUCAGCGUCGUCGGCUACGUCGCUCUCUGGCUGACGCGGCGCAAGCUGUCAGGCCGCCACUUCGCCGCCGACAAGGAGACGUGGAACGCCUUCCUCGCUGACGUCUCUGACCACGCGGCCAUCGCUAAGGAGUACGCCCUCCGCUACGGAGGCUUCGCCGCGCGCCAGCUGCACGCGGUCGCGAGGGCCGCGUACGAAAAGGCGAGAGAGCUGGCCGGCGGCGGCGGCGCGUCGCCGCCCCGCCGCACCACGCGCGCCACCGGCGGCAGCUCGCGCGCGCGCGUGUCCGAGUCGAUGACCGCCCCGCUCGCCUCGUCGGCCGCCCACAUGGGGAGCCUGACCGACGGCGCGCUGCCCGCGCUCGCCGAGCCGCACGAGGGCGGCGGCGUGCGCGUGCUCGCGGGCGGCGGCGGCGCGGCGGCCACCUUUGCCCCGCCCGAGCCGGCCGAGGCUGGCGGCGACGGCGCCGUCGCGCCGCUCAUCGCCGCGCCGCUCCCCGCCUCCUCACCCGCGAUGGGGGGGCCGCUGAGCGGGGGGGGCGUCGUGGCUGCGACCACUGCGCCGCUCUCGUUUGGCGGCGGCGAGCCGCUGCAGGUCGCGAGCAUCGACGCGACCGACGACAACCUCUUUGCGGAGCCGGUGCUAACGGAGCCGCUCUCGCUCAACGGAGGAGACGCGCCGCUGCAGGUGGCGUCCGUCGUGCCGCUGCCGCCCGGCGCGGGGGGCGGCGACAACUAGUCGGUGGCCCGAUGCCACCGUAGCUGUACGCACAGGCAAACUAGUGGGGACGACCUGACGCACGCGACGGUCCCGUGGUCGCCGUCAUGGGUGGGCAUGGGUUGAAGCGCGUAUUAGUGCCGGAGGGCGGCGUCAUAUGUGUGUACAAACGCCGUGACGCGUGAGGAUUUGCGCGUUCUUGUGGUUGAUGAGAAGUAUUUAUGAAACG